ACACUUGAGAGAUGGCUUAUUAUUGUGCCACACCUGUGGCAAAGAAAUUAUUCAAGGUCAAGGACAUGCUAGUGAGAUACCGAGUGAUAAUCAUUUUCUCUGUGACAAAUGCAACAAACAGUUUCCUGAUAUUGAAAGUUUAUAUCAGCACAAGGUCAAAGACCAUGGUACGUCCUACCAAUGUGAUGUCUGUAAGGAAUUAGAAGCAAGAGAAGCAACUGGUAUUGGUUAUAUCUGUUGUGUCUGUGAUGUCGAGUUUGAAAUUGCCCCUGAACUUGAAGAUCAUAUGAGUAUGCAUGACAAUGUGUCGCCCCACUAGACUAGUAACAUAAAUUGAAAAUAUUUAACUUGUUUUCGGAUUGUCUCUUUAAACUUGUUAUGCAUGAGUUAAUAGAUGAUUCCCCUUUUUACGUUUUCGUAGCGCUUUGCAUUGUGGUUAUAGUGGUAUCACUGAUAUUCAAGAUGGCUUAUUUUUUGUCCCGACCUGUGCAAAAACUUUUAAAAAGCUAGGGUCAGGUGCACGAUAUCCAACAGCAAAAUAUUCGCGAAAACAUCGCUAUCUUUAUUAGUGAUACCACUAUAACCACCAUGCAAAGUGCUACGAAAACUUAAUGAGAAUCAUCUAUUCCAUGAGUGAUCAUCCCCCCUCCGGCGGAAGCAUUUUUUUUGGGAAGAAAAGGAAAUUUCCCGGCCGCGGGAAAACAGCAGGAGGGAAAAUGUACGGCCCCCGCACAACUGUUAGGUGGCAAAUGUCCUAGCCCUGGGAUUCUUUUUCAUCAAUAUCGUUUAAAAAUCGCGUAAUGCAUAGCAAAAGUUGCAUAAUGCAUGGGGUAUAAACCGUCAAUUUAAUCU